AUGGCCUCCUCAUUAACCGUCGAAGAGCUCCGCUCUCGACUGCACCAACUCGGACUCGAGACCAAGGGCAAAAAGGCUGAUCUCCGACUUCGGCUCAAGAAAGCCUUGCGUAGCGCAAGUAACAGUCCGCCUUCUACUCCAGGCAGCCACGCCGAUACAACUUGGCGACCAGAAUUCGACACCUUUCUAGUGCUUGAUGUGGAAGCUACGUGCGAGUCUACACGCAAAUACCGCAACCUGAACCACGGAUAUGAAACGGGAAGCUUCCAGUUCCCAAACGAGAUCAUCGAAUUUCCGGUGGUCUUGCUCAGGUGGAACGAGAAUACGCAUCAACUCGAUACCGUAGACGUCUUUCAUUCGUAUGUUCGCCCGACCUUUCGGCCCAGGUUGACCAAGUUCUGCCGCGACUUGACGGGUGUCACACAAGCUCAGGUGGACGCUGCGCCUUUGUGGAACGACGUGCUCAUCUCAUUCUACAGAUUCCUAUGGUCGUACGACCUAGUUGAGGACACAUUGACUGGCAGUUCCCACCUUCACAACUUCAGAUUGCGACGUGGAGUCGCAUGGAUCAACCACGGGCCCGCCGAUCUGCGCGACUUUGUUAUCAAGCAAUGCUGGAUCUCCGGUCAUCCUAGGGACAGAAAUCAAGGUGCACCUCCGAUCUUCCUCCGAGGUCCGCUGAUAGAUAUCCGCAAGGGCAUCGCUAGCCUGUUCAAAUGGGAGCAGGAGCUGAAAGCCGAACAGGGACGUACCACCACCUCCCGCUCGACGCUGCUAGAGUUCGGGGGCGAAGACGGAUUUCAAGUCAUCUCUCCUCCCACGCAAGUGGCUUCAACUGUCAGGGAGGAUGUGCGAUCAACCGGUCUCUCACCCCACGAACAGAGUUUAGCGGGCCUACUCGAUUUGCUGGGGAUCGGCCCCUUCCAAGGUCGCCAACAUUGUGGAAUGGACGACACGCGAAACAUCGCACGAAUCGUCGUGGAAGUUACAAGACGCAUUCGUUUCGCAGCAAAAGGGACGCAGAUGUUGCUGUCCAAGAGCUAUGAGAGUGUCGAUGGGCAAAUGAAGGCGUCAGCAACCUUGAUGCAGUUGGAGCCAAACUCAGCGGGGCCAAGGGCACGACAGAUGGAGAAGCUCGUGUUGAAGCCUAAUGUGAGGCUUGAUGGCUUCCACAAGCGCUACUUUUGGAUGGGCAAGACGGUGGGUGAGGUCAAGUGGCCUUUCCCGCCAGAGGUGGAGGAGCAGGACCCCGCUUCAUGA